AGUCGCGCCCACCGUAUCCUUCUCAAAACCCUUAUAACAAAAGAAACCCUAGCGCGCCACCAUCGACGAGAGAGGGCUUCUUCUCGGCGGCGAAGAUGGAGGGGGCGACAUUGGCGUUCUCCGCCGAGAACCCUCCGCUCGCGGUCAUCGCCGCCGCGAGGAUCGGCGGCGUCGCGAUCUCCGCCGACCCCACCCUCCCCGCAAGCUCCGCCACUUCGCUCCGCUUCGAUUCCGGGGCAGGAUUGCAUGGGGCCAACACAAUUCUUCGCUAUAUUGGACGAUGCGCAUCAAUUCCCAACUUCUAUGAGCGCGAUGCCCGCGAAUCGGGACAGAUUGAUGAAUGGCUUGAAUAUGCCCCUAUAUUUAUUUCUGGCUCUGAAUUUGAGGGCGCAUGUGGCAAUGUGGAUAAGCAUUUAUUUCUAAGGACCUUCUUGGUCGGGUAUAGUUUGUCAAUUGCCGAUAUUGCAGUAUGGUCAGGUCUUGCAGGUACCGGGCAGAGAUGGGAAAGCCUGAGGAAAUCAAAGAGAUAUCAAAACCUUGUUCGUUGGUUCAACAGUAUAGCAUCAGAAUAUGGUGAAGUUCUAAAUGAAGUUACAGCUCAAUAUGUUGGGAAACGUGGGUUAGGGAAGGCACCUGCUUCUAAUCCUAGGGCAGCCAAUUACAAUUCAUCUCUUAUUUCAAAGGAUAUUGAAGCAAACAAAGCAGUCAAUUCGAAAGAAAGUCCUUCUGCUUCCGCUUUUGAAGUAGACCUUCCUGGUGCAAAAGUUGGAGAAGUGUGCUUGCGAUUCGCUCCCGAGCCUAGUGGGUACCUCCACAUUGGUCAUUCAAAGGCUGCUCUUUUAAAUCAAUACUUUGCAAAUAGGUAUAAAGGUCGUUUAAUAAUUCGGUUUGAUGAUACAAAUCCUUCUAAAGAAAGCAAUGAGUUUGUGGAGAAUUUAUUAAAGGAUAUUGAGACUUUAGGAAUUAAGUACGAUGCUGUUACUUACACAUCAGAUUAUUUCCCACAAUUGAUGGAAAUGGCAGAAAAUUUGAUUAAAAAAGGAAAAGCGUAUGUUGAUGACACACCUCGUGAGCAAAUGCAGAAGGAGAGGAUGGAUGGUAUUGAAUCAAAAUGCAGGAAUAAUAGCGUCGAAGAGAAUUUGGCUCUGUGGAAAGAGAUGGUUGCGGGGACAGAAAGGGGUAUGCAAUGCUGUGUGAGGGGUAAAUUGGACAUGCAGGACCCAAAUAAAUCUCUGCGGGACCCUGUUUAUUACCGUUGCAAUCUUGUUCCUCACCACCGAAUUGGUUCAAAGUACAAGGUCUAUCCUACGUAUGACUUUGCUUGCCCCUUUGUUGAUGCCAUCGAAGGUGUAACCCAUGCCUUGCGGUCGAGCGAGUAUCAUGAUCGAAAUGCACAAUAUUAUCGGAUUCUCGAGGAUAUGGAACUAAGGAAGGUUCAAAUAUAUGAAUUUAGUAGAUUGAAUAUGGUUUAUACCCUUUUAAGUAAGCGUAAGCUUCUUUGGUUUGUCCAAAAUGGCAAAGUUGAUGGCUGGGAUGAUCCUCGUUUCCCCACCGUACAAGGGAUAGUACGAAGAGGCCUGAAAAUUGAGGCACUGAUCCAAUUUAUUCUUCAACAGGGUGCUUCAAAAAAUCUGAAUCUUAUGGAGUGGGACAAGUUGUGGACAAUUAAUAAAAAAAUAAUUGAUCCAAUAUGUCCGAGGCAUACUGCUGUGCUUGAAGAACGGCGUGUUAUCUUGACCCUAACAAAUGGUCCUGAAAAACCCUUCGUGCAGAUCAUACCCCGGCAUAAAAAAUAUGAGGGUGCUGGGAAAAAGGCUACAACUUUCACAAAUAGAAUUUGGUUAGAUUAUGGUGAUGCUUCAUCUAUCUCAGAGGGUGAGGAGGUAACAUUAAUGGAUUGGGGCAAUGCAAUUAUAAAAGAAAUCAAGAAGGAAAAUGGAAAUGUCACUCAUCUGACUGGGGAGUUACACCUUGAAGGUUCUGUUAAAACGACAAAGUUGAAGCUAACAUGGCUUCCUGAUACGGAGGAGCUCGUCCACCUUUCUUUGGUUGAAUUUGACUACUUAAUAAGGAAGAAAAAGCUCGAAGAAGGGGAGGACUUCCUCGACAACCUAAAUCCGUGCACGCGAAAGGAAACUGCGGCUCUUGGGGACUCCAACAUGCGCAAUCUGAAGCGUGGAGAGAUAAUACAGCUCGAAAGGAAGGGCUAUUUCCGGUGCGACGUCCCAUUCCUCCGACCCUCGAAGCCGAUCGUUCUCUUUUCAAUCCCAGAUGGUCGACAACAAACGUCUCUAAACUAAGGAUUAUAUCGGCAAUUUUUGCCGUCUAUUUCUUCUGCUUCAAUCUUUCUUCUUAAAUCAGAUGUAUUUUCCAUAAAACUGUAUUUUUUGUGAGAGUUGUUGCACCUGUCUAAUUUCUGAUACUGUUGUAGUUAAGUUAUUCCUUGAAGGGUAAAAAGAAAACACUUAAACAGUGAAAUUUUCAAUAUCUUAUAGAAUGUAUGGUAACCUCUUUAACUUUUUGCAAUGUUUCAA